GCGCCCCCCGGCCCCCGCCCUGCCGCCGCCGCCGCCCCGCGCUGCCGGGGGAGCGCCCUGCGCCGCCGCCCCAGAGCCGCUCUGGUAAGCGGGGGCGGCCCGGGACGGGCGGCACGAAGCAGAGCGGCGGAUUCGCGCCGCGCCCUGCGCAAGGCCGGCGGGAGGCCGGGGCCGCAGCGCCGCCCGCCGCCGGCACGGUACGGCACGUGUCGGGUGGAGCGCGGCGGCGGGGCCGGGGCGCGGCGCGGCGGCGGGCGGCUCUUCUUCUCCGGCGGUGCGAGUUGCGUGUUGAGCAGAGUGCUCCCUUGAGCUGCCUGUGGGGUCUUCUGCGUCCCUCAGCCACGCUGGUGCAGACAGGGCACAGAUCUGCAGUUUGAAGGUUAUGCCACUCUCCAGGUUUGCUGGGUGCCUGCCGGUGAAAGAGAAGGGUUGAUAUUUUGCCCAGGCCCUUAGGUCCUGAACCAAAAUGGCAGCUGGAGAGUCCCCUCCCGUAGGAGAUGUCUUCAUCGACCUGCAGCAGGGCAGAGAUCGUGCAGAGAAAGCCUCUCCUGGUGCCGAGGACGAUGAGGACUUGGAUAAGACUCUGUCAAUCGAGAGAUUUGGGGACCUGAUAAGCAAGUCAGCAUCAAGCAAUCUGGAGAAGCAAAGACGCAGCUACAGUGAGAGAGAUUUUGAAUUCCACCGCCAAACCUCGCACCACAUCCAUCAUCCCCUUUCCACUCACCUCCCUUCUGCCCUCAAGUUCCAAAAGAGGCCCCCCCGCACCAGCAGGAGGAAAAAAAGGAGGAGAAAAAAGAAGAAAACCUCAGUACCCCCCUCAGAAGUCACCCCCACCAUCCAGGAAGAGGACGAGGAGGGGGGAGAAGAGGAGGAAGAAGAGGAAGAAGAAGAAGAGGAAGAAGGAGAAUCUGAGGCAGAAGAGGCCCAGGAGAAAGAGAUCUCUGCAGAGUCUGAGGGUGAAGCUCGUGGGAAGGACACGUCCCCUAAGCUGGAGCCCUCAAGCAAACCAAAGUUCACCAUUGGCAGCGAUGAGGAGGAGUCUGUCAGCACUGUGGCCCCUGCGCAGUUUCACGUAGAGGAGGAGUGUGGCAUCCUGUCCCCUGUGCCGUGCUUCACCGAUCUGCUGCAGGACAAGGGUCCUGCCUCCCUCCGCAGCCUCCCAGGACCUCGGGAACGCCUGUCUCGUGGGUGGGAGAAGCGCAAGCCCUGGGGCCAGGUGGCGAGCGGACAACGGAUUACCUAUGACUUGAAGGAGAGGAUGUGCAUUGGCAGCAUGACCACGCUGGAGAGCGCAGCAUACCAGCGCGUCCCCACGGACGAGGCUGAGGCCCAGAUGCUGGCAUCUGCUGACUUGGAUGGCAUGAAAAGCCACCGUUUUGAAGAUAACCCUGGUGUGAGAAGGCAUCUGAUGAAAAAACCAUCUCGGAGUCAGAUCACCAGGACAAGCAAAAAAUUAGCAUCAACUCCAUCUGUCAAAAAGAAGAAGAAGAAGAAGAAGUUGGAUAGAAAGCCCCAUGAGGUGUUUGUGGAGCUGAAUGAGCUGGUGGUGGAUAAGAACCAGGAGAUGCACUGGAGGGAGACAGCCCGCUGGAUCAAGUUUGAGGAGGAUGUGGAGGAGGACACAGCAAGAUGGGGGAAACCCCACGUGGCUUCACUGUCCUUCCGCAGCCUGUUGGAGCUCAGGAAGACUAUUGCCCACGGUGCCGUCCUCCUUGACCUGGAGCAGACCACUCUGCCCGGCAUUGCUCACCUUAUGGUGGAGACUAUGAUCAUCUCUGACCAGAUCAGAGCAGAAGACCGAGCCAACGUGCUGCGUGCCCUGCUGCUGAAGCACAGCCACCCCAAUGAUGAGAAAGAGGGCUUCUUCCCGAGGAACCACUCCAGCUCCAGCAUGAACUCCAUCGUGGGGAACCACCACCACAACCACACCACUGACACUUGUGUGCCCCUCAUGGGGGAAGAGCGCAUUGAGAUGGCUGACCCCAAGGCCAGUGAGACCGAGUGCAAGGAGAAAAACCCACAUCUCCAUAACUCUGAGGGCCACCGUAAAUACCUGAAGUUGAUGGAAAAGAUCCCUGAAGAUGCGGAGGCCACAGUGGUCCUCGUGGGUUGUGUGCAGUUCCUGGAGCAGCCAACUAUGGCCUUUGUCCGACUAAACGAGGCCGUCUUCCUGGAAUCUGUCUUGGAGGUCCCAAUUCCUGUCAGAUUCAUCUUUGUGCUGCUGGGACCGAGCCAGGCCAACAUGGACUACCAUGAAAUUGGCCGCUCAAUCUCCACUCUUAUGUCUGACAAGCACUUCCAUGAGGCUGCAUACAUGGCAGAUGACCGUCAAGACCUCCUCAACGCAAUCAAUGAGUUCUUGGACUGCAGCAUUGUCAUCCCCCCAUCCGAGGUGGAGGGGAAAGACUUGCUCAAAUCCAUUGCUACCUUCCAGAAGUUGCUGCUGAUGAAGAGGAAGGAAAGGGAGCAGAAGUCCAUGAAGGAGGGGGCUGUCCAGGAAGCCAAAGAGCUGUGUGAAGUGAAAGCUGAGGAAGAAGAGGAGGAAGCUGAGGACGACCCUUUGAAGCGGACCGGGAUAUUUUUUGGAGGUCUGGUUCGGGACAUAAAGCGCAGGUACCCCAAAUACCUCAGUGACAUCAGAGACGCCUUGCACAGCCAGUGUCUCGCAGCCGUUCUCUUCAUCUACUUUGCUGCUCUCUCUCCUGCCAUCACCUUCGGGGGACUCCUAGGAGAGAAAACUGAGGGUCUCAUGGGGGUCUCCGAGCUGAUAAUCUCCACCUCAGUUUUAGGGAUACUCUUCUCCCUGCUUGGAGCUCAGCCGCUCCUGGUCAUUGGCUUCUCAGGGCCUCUGCUGGUGUUUGAAGAAGCUUUUUACAAGUUCUGCCAGACACAAGGCAUUGAGUAUCUGACAGGCAGAGUGUGGAUUGGUUUGUGGCUCAUCGUCUUCAUCUUCAUUAUUGUGGCAGCUGAGGGAAGCUUCUUGGUGCGCUACAUCUCGCCCUUCACCCAGGAGAUCUUUGCUUUCCUCAUCUCCCUCAUCUUUAUCUACGAGACCUUCUACAAACUGUACAAGGUGUUUGCAGAACAUCCUCUGCUGAAGUUCUACCCACCAAACGUGCAGAGCGGCCUGAAUGCCAGCAUGCUCUCUGCGGAUGCGAUGUCACUGGGAAUCAGGAUGCAGCCCAACACUGCCCUCCUCUCCCUCAUCCUCAUGCUAGGCACCUUCUUCAUUGCCUUCUUUAUGCGCAAGUUCAAGAACAGCCGUUUCUUAGGAGGAAAGGCUCGGCGGAUCAUCGGAGACUUCGGAAUCCCCAUCUCCAUCCUGGUCAUGGUGCUGGUGGAUUACACCAUCACUGACACAUACACGCAGAAGUUGAAUGUCCCCUCUGGCCUGUCAGUCACAUCUCCUCACAAGCGUGGCUGGUUCAUUCACCCCAUGGGCAGCAGCGGGACCUUUCCGAUGUGGAUGAUGUUUGCCUCUGCCAUCCCUGCCCUCCUGGUCUUCAUUCUUAUCUUCAUGGAGACACAGAUCACUACGUUGAUUGUUAGCAAGAAGGAGAGGAAGCUGCUUAAAGGCUCUGGCUUCCACCUAGACCUGCUGCUUAUUGGCACUAUGGGGGGGCUUUGCGCACUCUUCGGGCUGCCCUGGCUGACUGCAGCAACAGUGCGCUCCGUCACCCAUGUCAAUGCCCUGACGGUCAUGAGCAAGGCCAUUGCACCAGGAGAGAAGCCCAAGAUCGAGGAGGUGAAGGAGCAGCGUGUGACUGGAGUGCUUAUUGCUGCUCUUGUUGGUCUGUCCAUUGUGAUGGGGAACAUGCUGCGGCAGAUCCCACUGGCUGUGCUCUUCGGCAUCUUCCUGUAUAUGGGGGUUACAUCGCUCACUGGCAUCCAGCUCUAUGAGCGGCUGCUCCUGAUCUUCAUGCCAUCGAAGCACCACCCUGACCACACCUAUGUUGUCAAGGUGAAGACCUGGAGAAUGAAUCUCUUCACCUGCAUUCAACUGGCCUGCAUUGUGCUGCUCUGGGUGGUGAAAUCUACAGUGGCAUCCCUGGCCUUCCCCUUUGUCCUGAUCAUGACAGUGCCAUUGCGACGCUUCGUGCUGCCCCGCUUCUUCCACGACAGGGAGCUCAAAGCUCUGGACUCAGAAGAUGCGGAGCCAAACUUCGACGAGGACGGCCGGGAUGAGUACAACGAGCUGCACAUGCCUGUGUGAGCUGGGGGCUGCCCUCCCCGCUCAUGGGACAGGCUGCUCACGCCUGCUCAUCCCUCCCAAGGACUAACUGGGGACUUGCCGUGAGUCAUGCAAUCUCUUGCCUGGACCAACGAAUGGCUGUUCCAUAGCCCUGCAGGAGGCAGCCCCGGCUCCUGCUGCCCCAUUGCUCGCUCAGCAGAGGCUAUGAGUCUCUCUCCUCUUGGACCUGGUGGGCUGAGAGAUGCCUCUCACAUCACAGAACUGUGUGGGUCCCGAAUGCCCAUGGGUCGGGGGUCUGCCCCCUCCCUGCUGGAGGCAGCCUGUGCCUGGUCUCCCGGUGAUGAAGGUGAUGAGCCAUGCCAGCUGGUGCCACCGUGUCUCCCUGCACUACCAUGAAGCUUGGGUGUCUCAGCACCAUGUGCCACCGAGCAGUCACAGAGAUGGGCUGGAUGCUGCCUGCGGAUGGCCAGUGGGCUUCUCCCAGGCCAGCAGCCUCCUUGCUCAGCUGGCAGAUGCCUUGCUCCUGCUCCCUCUCCUCCUUGCAGGAGGGCUCAUGCUGGGCCUGUGCCACAGACCCUGGCCCAUGAGGCUGCUGCAGCCUGGCAGAUGGGCAAGAAGGGACCAGUACCCUGGCCCUGUCCUCCAGACCAUCAUCUGUCCAGUCACCAUCUCACGGGACUGUUUUCAGCUCUUGCUUGGCAUGGUGGAAGCUGUUUGGUUCCUCCCGAUUUUCCCAACCUUCUUUCCACAAGAAAACUGCACAUGAAGGGGAGGCUGGUGAUAAGCAGGUAUCCUGAAGCCUCGAGUGCCUGUCCUCUUGCAGGGAUUAAGAGGAGUCCUGUGCCAUUCUGCACCUCCACAAAGGUUGCAGGGGUAAAAAUUCAUCACUGGGCUGCAUCCCAGUUCUUGAUUCUCACGUUCCUGUCCCUGAGAACAAACCGUAUUUAAGAAGCUGUACAAGAGAUGUAGUGCUGCAGAGCAAAACAGUCCUUUGGGUGCCCUCCCUUUCCCUGUGCAGUGAUCCACUGGGUCUGGCUCCCUGCAGCCCUAUGAGAAAGUCACUGAAACCUCCAGCCCUCAUUCUGCUGCCAUACCGGGGUGACCUUUUGUGUCCAGGGGUGCCUUCCAGGUGGGAAGGAGCAGCAUUCAGCAUGUCUGGCACUCAGCCCCCUUCACCUCUGGGCAGUUCCGAACACCUUUCCACCUGGCAGAGCUGUCCCCUGGGGUCUCCCCUCAUUCAGAGCUGCCCCAGGAACUGCUGAUGGUUCCAUUGCUGCCCCCAUUGGCUCUGAGGGUAGUGCCAGAGGAAAAGGGUACCCCAGCCUCUCCCUGAUGGUUGGAGCCAGAGUGGCCUUCUGGAGGAGGCUGGGAUGCUCACUUCACCAUUGCAUUUGGGACAAGCUGCUGCUCCAGUUCCUAUUUAUCAGCCUGGCUCCUGCCAGAGAUGGUGGGUGCUUCAUCACUGGGAGGGUCCAAUGCCUUCUGCGGGAGGCUGCAGAAAUAUCCCACCAGAGAGAGAAACCUUCACCCGCAGCAGGUUCCUGCCCCACAGCCUGGCCCCUCCACAGGGCCUGGGGCAGAGAGACAAGUGUCUCUGUGUGUCUGUGGCCGUGUGUGUCCUGUCCUCCCCGUGUAGUGUAGGAGGCCUGUUGUCGCUGUGCAUUGUGACUCCUCUGACUGUAGUGGAAACAGCUACACCAAUAAACUCUUCACAGGAACCA